CUCUUAGUCGCGAUGUACGUUUGUCGACGUAUGGAUUUUCAGUCUACUUAGAUUUGGAGUGUCUAGUACAUUUGAUGCCGUAUUGAAUUUUGAAACGAUCUGUAAUUUAGCAGGCUUACGGAAUUGGCGAAAUUGCUAGCAUGAGAACACUGUUGCGUUUACUGUUGCUUGCAAGUGUAUACACAUUAGGAUUCUGCAUCGCCGAAGUAACAGUUAGCAGUAAUGAACAUGAAGUAUUAGACAACAGCUACUGCCGGAAACCAAAAAUCGAAAGCGACCUUAGGACCAGGUUCGAGGAAUCCGACGUCGUAUUAUCAGGAACGUUGCUAGGACUUCUCCCCUCUAAACAUGGGCGACGUUCACAGAGCAAUGAAACUGAAACCAGCGCAAUUUCUGGCCAUUUAAAAGUAUGGGAAGUGCUAAAGGGGUCGUUGGAGCAUAUACCGAACGUCACAGAAACCAGAGUUGUCAGGGCAAAACAGCGCAAGAGAAAACGAGAUCUGGAAACCGUGCACCGGCACGGUGGUGAACACAACGUUGGGAGUGUACUGCUGGGUCGGAGUAAAUGGGAUAAUUUCGUAAUGCAGCAGGCUACUGAUGACGGUCGGGCAUCGAAUCGUCCCAUGGUUACCGUGUAUGGAUUGCAGAACUCACAUAUGUGUAGCAGUUUUGUCAAAGAAGGCGACACGAGGCUCUUUUUCUUGAGGAAGAUGAAAAACUUCCGAAGAAGCAAAAGAUCGAAGAGGAAGAGCAAAAAACGGUGCGGAGGAAAAAAGAAGCGGGAUUCGGGGAAGAGAAAAGGGAAAUGUAAGCGCAGAGAUCUUCUUGCGAAGUACAAGCGAAGCAGUAGUGCCAGUAAUAAGGCCAGACGAAACGGGAAACCGAAAAGACGACGACGCGCAAGCAGCAAGCCCAAGUAUUUGCUCCUGGUACACGAACAACCAGCCCGAAUUUCAAUGAGAAACCUCAACACACUGAAAACUAUUACUGCGUAGGCGGGGAAUGACAUUGUCUAGCAAAAAUACUAUUGAUUCCAACACGUAAACCGUAUAUUCGUUAGUGUGUCGCCAGCCUCUAAUGCUUUCACAGCAUUUUCAAUCAGCAUAUAUUUUGAGCUAUAUGAUACAGAUUAUACAGCAUAUUGUAUACGUACUAUCCGUUUACUCUGUCGCGCGUUUUCUUUUUGUAUUAAGCAUCACGUUGUACAUAAUAUAAAGACAAAACUCA